AUGAAGUACAUCUUAUCCGCAACUGCGCUGCUUGCAGCCACUGUCGCCGCCGACAAGCGAGACUUGUGUGCUGAUGGAUCGACGGACGACAACAAUAACUGGUAUUGCCAGGCCGUGAAGGCGAUCACAUAUACAGGUGUUGGUGGUACUGGGUCGUACAACCGGAUCACGAGCAUGGAUCCCACGAAUGGCCAGUGUCAGAGUGCGCCGCAGUCGUAUUCUGGCAAUUUGUCGCCACUGGACGAGGAGGUAUCGAUGCACUUCCGAGGACCGAUCCAGAUCAAUCAAUUUGCUGUGUAUACGCCAUUCAGCUCUUCAAAACCGAAGCGUCACUCACCAGCACAGCGGCAUCCACAUGCUCACGCACACGCACGUCGCCAUCAGGCACGUGAGGCAAAUGCUGCAGUCGGUGACAUGGUGACAGCCACAAUCAAUGGCAUCGUGCAGACUUGGGUGAACGAGUGGAGUGGGCAGUCGACCUCCGCACCACCUGUACCUGCUGCUGCAUCGUCAGCGCCUGCAGCAGACAUUGCAUCAGACAUGCAGGCUGCAGCAUCAUCGGCAUCUUCGUCAAGCAGUGCACCCUCCUCGUCUCCGUCCUCCCUUUCAUCACCCAGUGGAAGUAUAGCUUCAUCAUCUGGCGGCUGGAGUCGACAAGCAUAUUACAACGCCUCCACUCAGACAAGCGAAGGCCUUGUGUUUCUGAACCACAAUGGCGGUUCAGGCUCCGGCACCUUCGACUACCACUUUGGCAACUCCUUGUCAUACGCAAGCGCGGACGGCAAAGGCGGAUCUUCCACAAACCAAACCCUGGCUGCUACAACGUUGCCCUCCAGCGCAGAGGUCGUGAUCAUGUCCAACCAAGAGUGUGGGGAAAGUGAUUGUGGCUACAGUCGGUCCCAGACAGUUGCCUACCACGGUUUCGGUGGGCCCAGCAAAGCCUUCUUCUUCGAGUUCCAAAUGCCAUAUACUGGUGAGAGCGCGAGCAACAUUUAUGACCCCGUGGACAUGCCCGCAGUCUGGAUGCUCAAUGCUCAGAUCCCACGGACACUGCAAUACGGCCAAGCCACAUGUUCCUGCUGGACUUCUGGCUGCGGAGAAUUCGACAUAUUUGAGGUUCUGGCACCGGGUGACAAGCGUAUGAAGAGUACGCUGCACGGCAACGUCGCUGGUGGCGACAGCGAUUACUUUGAUCGUCCUGCUGAGAAGCCGAUGAAGGCUGCUAUGGUGUUGUAUAACAACAAUAUCCAUAUCAAGCUUCUGAGCGAUGACACGGAUUUUGGAGAGGCCAUGGAUGCGGAUGUGAUCAAUGAUAUCUGUGGGUCGACGCUUCAGCAGACGAAGACUGUCUCUCUGUUCAAGUUGGGUAGCUGA